AUUCAAAAAAUGUACAAUACACAAUUUGUACAUUGAGUUACAUUCUUUCGUUUUUGCUGAUUAAAUUUUUCGCCAGUAUUAUCGUCUGCUGAACGUUAAAACAAAAUAAAAUGGAAAAUUUAUCUAUACCUACGUUAAGAGUACUAUAUAAACAUUACGUGAACUGGGUCAGUGCACAUCCAGAACGAACAACAGAUCUAGAAGCUUCAAUAAAGUGGAUAUCAUACUUUUUAGCUGGUCGAAUCAACAACUCGACAUUACUAUCCGAGCUCAUAUAUUCCAUGUCCAACUUCAUGAUGUUAUUUAAUGAUCAAAUUAUAUUAAGUACUGCCAAACCUAACUCUGUAACUGUCAACAAUAAAGGAAAGAAAAAAAUAUUUAGCUCCGAAAAUAUCAAGCGUUUCAUUACCACGGUGGAUUAUGUUGAAGUUUUUGUAGAAAUAUCCGCUAAAAAAUUAUGGGGCACCAAAGGAAGAUGGAUUAUUAUUGUACUUUUGCAGACCGUAAAAUGUAUGGCGCGUUUGUACCUGUUGCACGUGCACAAACUCCACAUACUCGAAUCUCCCCCAAUACAGCCUUUGGAUCGGAAAUCUGUGGGCCUCAAAUGUAACGAUGCUCUCGACGGAGUCAUAACCUUACCGUCGGGACGAACCCUUCGCAAACUGGACCAUGCUCCUCCGAUGAACCGGCGCACGUGGGAAGCUCCUCCGAGGGCAGACAGGCUCAGCGGCGGCAUUCCCAGCGGAACUCUGAGCGACAGACACAUUGUAGCGGAGACAAUGUACAUAAUGAAACCAAUUGUUCACUUGGGCAGUAUGUGCGUGUUCGGAGAGAAAUCAUGGAAACCUUGGUUGAUUUCCAUAACAAUUGAAUACAUUAGCCUGCAGCGAUUAAAAUCCUUCAAAAAUCUCACUCCUCAGCAACGUUUGGUAUUGUCAAAACGAUCACUAAAUUUGGUAAUGUAUUUAGUGAGAUCACCAUUCUUCGAGAACUAUUCAGAAAAACAUAUCCGUUUAUUCUUACACUGGUUUGUUAACUCAGUGCCGUUGGUUGGCCCACUCAUGCGGCCUUUCCUAGAAUACAUGAAACAAUGGCAAGAAACAUAUUUUUACCUUUGGUCUGUCUAACACAUAUUUAUGGAAUUUAUGUUAUUUGGUUUUAUACAUUUUUAUAAAUUAAGAAAAAACAUUGUUUAGAGGGUUACUAUUAAAUUAUUGAUCUUUUUUUUAUCGGUAUAAUUGUUAUGGUAUGUGUUGUUGUAUACGGUGAUUUUUUUUUAUAUAUACUACAAUAUAAAUGUUUUGUAGUAAAUGCUCAA